AUGAGUGAAACUCCGGUGAAUAAGGAGCCACUUAGGAAAUUAAGUGUUCUGGUUUCUGAUCCGCAGAAGCAAAAGUCCCACUCUCAAACAUACAUUACAUAUCAAGUUUCCACAAAGAUAGAAGGGCAGGAUGAACACAGUUGUGUGGUUAGGAGGUACAAUGAUUUUGUUUUGCUUCACCAGAUAUUGAGUAAUGACCAUCCAACGGCGCUAGUUCCGCCAUUACCGGACAAGAAGGUGUUGAAUUAUCUAUCAGGAGACAGGUUCUCACACUCUUUUACACAAAAGCGUUGUCGCUCCCUCCAAACUUUUAUGCGCAGGUUGUUAAAACAUCCUGAGCUUGCAAAAUCCCGAAUUGUGGACACGUUUUUAACGAGCUCUGACUGGGACGUGUACAGGAGAAAUCUUUCUGGACAGAUAUCUACUUCAGAAGUUAGUGAUGUUUUGAUAAAUGCGUUCAAGCAUGUGAAUCGUCAAAGGGAGGAGUUCGUGGAAGUAAAGGAAAAAAGUGAAAAACUCGACCAUAACUUGAGCCAUCUUGAUAAACUUUUCCAUAAAUCUGUGAAACGAGUAGACUUAAUUGGGCAAAACCUCAAAAAGUUACAAGCUUCACUAUCAGCUUUACAGGAACAUUGUUGUGAGGAGGAGGAUUUAUCGAACGGUAUUAAAGCAUUCAAUGACGGUAUAAUGCAGUUGAGUUAUGCAUUGAGUGAUUUGAACAAGUACAUAGAUUAUGAAUACGAUGUUGACAUCAAGGACAUGAUAAACUAUAUCGAAGCGUUGAAACAGCUAAUAAGACUGAAAGACCAAAAGCAAAUUGAUUAUGAAGAGUUAUCGGAAUACUUGACUCGAUCAAUAAACGAAAAGAAUAAUCUAUUGUCUGGUUAUGGAUCUGGUAACUAUUUCAAGAGUAAACUGGAAGAGUUGGCAGGCGUUAACCAAGAAAUGGCAAGAAGGGAUAAAAUUGCUAAACUAGAAUCAAGGGUACAAUCUUUAACAGAUGAAGUUGAAAAAUCUAAACAAGUUGCUGAUGAGUUUGAAAAGGAAGUGUUGAAUGAAGUUGAACUCUUUGAGAAGAUUAAAACUACUGAGCUAAAGGAGUCUUUUUCGGCAUUAGCCCAGAAACAUAUUGAUUUCUACGAUGAUAUGGUUGAUAAAUGGACAAAGAUUGAAGAACGUUUAGGGAAUGUAUAA